CAGAAAUCAACAGUUUAUAGAUGGUGCUUAUAAAAAGCCUACCGCAGAAGUUUUUGGGAUACCCACUCUAUAUAGGCGUGGAGCUGGUGCUGCUUUAUGCCGUGAUCAAUAAGAUGUGUGGCGUGUAUGGUUUGCUUUCAUUCCUAACAGGCCAUCCUAUCGAUGCCGUGCAAUGGAUGUAUUAUCUCUCGUCCACAGCAGUCAUGAUCCUAUAUAUCCAGGGAUUCCGGAGAGUACAAACACCAAAUAUAAACUGGUUUUCGCUUGUCGUUUUCGUUUAUCUUCUCGACACAGUGAUUGGAUUUUUGUAUACAGGUUAUUUUUCCUGGUUGUGGUUUUCUGAGCAUGAUACUUCGGUCGAGCUUUUAGCCCGUGCUGUUACGGAGGACCUUUCAUCCCAAUCUGCAUCCGAAGCCUACGAACUAUUUGUCACCGUCGCCCUAACGGUUGUUACCAGUUUUGUGCGACUAUAUUUCACCGUGAUUAUGUUAGCAUUUUUCAAAGAGAUGCGUACAGCAGCUAAAUUUGAUGCAAGAUUCCGCAUAUCGAGCGCCUCUGCAUCCUCGAGCGCUCUCAGAUGGCUAAAUAAAGCCCAAAACCAAUCAUACAGCGUUCUGAAUAGGAUUGUUUAAUCACAGGCGGAAGUUUUCUGGCUACUAUUGUUUCUGUGCAUAUACAUUAAAUAUUACGACUAAC